GUGAUCACCAGCAAGUAUACCUGUCUUCCAAGGCUGCGUUUUGUCUUCACCCCUAGACACCUCCUCUAGUGCUUUAAGCCCCUCAUUAUUAUUUAUGCUUGUUCUUGCUCGAUCACCUUUUAUUUUAUUUCAAUAAUUAGCUCUAAAAUGAUCUUGAAAUGUUUUUGUUGUGUCUACCGAGAAGUCGAAGAAGAACCAAAGAUCAGUAAAAAAAGUAGUAGUAGGGAAUAUCCAUGGGAAAUCUACACUCUCAAGGAGAUUCUUCAUGCCACAAACAACUUUCAUGAUGAUAACAAGAUUGGAGAAGGUGGAUUUGGAAGCGUAUACUGGGGUCGAACAAGUACUGGAACUGAGGUAGCAGUUAAAAGACUGAAGGCUAUGAGCUCAAAGGCAGAGAUGGAAUUCGCGGUGGAAGUUGAGAUGCUUGGUAGGGUGAGGCACAAGAACUUGUUAGGUUUAAGGGGAUUUUAUGCAGGAGGAAACGAAAGGUUAAUAGUCUAUGAUUACAUGCCUAAUCAUAGCUUGAUAGCCCAUCUGCAUGGCCAAGUCGCUGAGGAUUGCUUACUAGAUUGGAACCGGAGGAUGAACAUAAUGAUAGGAUCAGCCGAGGGAAUAGCGUACUUGCACCAUGAGGCCAAUCCUCAUAUAAUACAUAGGGAUAUAAAGGCAAGUAAUGUUCUUCUAGAUGUUGAAUUUCAAGCAAAAGUAGCAGAUUUUGGUUUUGCAAAGCUGAUACCAGAUGGGGUUAGUCACAUGACCACCAGGGUAAAGGGAACUCUAGGAUAUUUGGCUCCUGAAUAUGCGAUGUGGGGGAAAGUUUCGGAGAGUUGUGAUGUUUAUAGCUUUGGAAUUUUACUCUUAGAGAUCAUUAGUGCUAAAAAACCAUUAGAGAAGCUCCCGGGAGGGCUUAAGCGUGACAUUGUUCAAUGGGCAACACCAUAUGUUCAAAAGGGUGCCUUUGAUCAUAUUGCCGACCCUAGGUUGAAGGGAAGAUAUGACCGAGCACAGCUUAACCUAGCAGUCAUGAUCGCGAUGCGAUGCUCCGAUACCAACGUGGAGAAUCGGCCUAGCAUGAUGAAGGUGGUGGAAUGGCUCAAUGGUGGUCUAGGGAGGACAAAAGAGGUGUCGGUUGUGGAAGACAUGGCUGAUGAAGAUGAAUAUGAAGAAGCAAAACUCUGA